AUGAGUUUAUCUCAUAACAAAAGAUGGACAAAGUUAGAUUCCAUAUUGCAAACCACACUUGGAAGGGCUACAUACAAGGCAAUGCAAAAAAAAGAUAAAUUUAAAGAAGGAAAAAUUCUGAAGAAAGCAUCAGAUUUUGCAAAGACAAUAUUGGGCAAGAAUAAAGAAGAUGAAAUAAUGCACAUAGCAUUAUAUAGUCACUCAGAACCAGAGAUGCUCAACACAAAUGGUUCUUCUUCUGGGCAACAAACUGUUGCUGAAAUCUUGACUGGAAAUGAGGAAGAUGAGAGAGAAGAUGAGAGAGUCAAGAGAUAUGAUGACAGCAGUGAUGUGCUGUUUGAAAACAGUGAUGAUGUUUACUCUGAGGCCAUCAUCAACAGAAAGAUCUUAUCUCUUCUGAAGAAGCAAGAUCACCAUCUUGAAAAACAAGCCCAGCACAUGGAAAAGCAAGAGGCUUUUUUUGACAAGUGCUUGAUUCUUCUAUAA